GACCAUCAUGGAAAGUGGGAUAAAUCAAGAGGAAAGCAAGGAAAGCUUAGAGAAGAGGUAUUUUGUUGGCUGAAUAUUGUAUAUUUAUUAUAUUAAAAAAAUAUGUACUUCAGAUUCCUUUCCCAUGUAGGUCACUUCUGCCAGUUUAUUAGUAAGAAUGCAAAAACUGCAGUAUCUUCAGGGGCCUGCUCUAUGAGAUUUGAGAGAAGCUACCUUUAAUAUUACAGUCAAUUUUUUUGCCUUUCCUCUAUUUUAAUCAUGGCUUGUAACCGUGACCCAGGUUCUGUCAGCAAAAGAAGAAGUCCGCCCAGAGCAUGAAGAAUAUUUGCUUCUGCUACAGCAGAGAAACAGGUGAUUGAAGAAUGCAUUUUAGAAAUUUUUUCAUACAUUCUGAUUUAAAAGUGUAUAUUUAAUAAUACUCAUCAAGGUUUUUUUGUUACAAUAAUAGCUUUUUUUUAAUAGCUAAGGGUGGUUAGGAAGUUUUCGGUAAACUAUGGAAACUUAAGCUUAGCACAAUUGCAUGUCACUGAGCCAUUGACCUUCCCAUGGCUCAAACCCACAGCUUGCAAUAUAGAGUACAGCACAUUCAUUACUGAGCCAUUGCACUUCCUGCAACAGGGCUGGGGAAAAAAUCUGCCUUUUUGUGCUCUUCAGGUGAACCCUUUGUAAAAUAUUCUUCCGUUUAAUAUGAAACUAAGCAAUAUGGAUACCAAAUGUUCUUCUUCUUUCUCUCUGGUUUUAAUUCUGUACAUGUAUAUACAAGUAUGUUAGAGGUUGGUACCUGUGUUUGAGCUGACUCAAUAUUUAUACUUAUUUUCAAUAUUUAUGGAAUUAAAACAGAGUCAUCUUUACCAGUUAUAAUAUACCACUUGUCAUUAAAUUCUAUUUACUUUAUUAGCAGCUAUUUUUUAUGUUAAAUUUUAUGAAUAAUGCAAAUUUUCUUCCCUCUUAUUCUUUAUAGACUUCUAAAGAAACUAAAGGAGAAGAAUGAACAAGAGAUUGAAUUGGAAAAAAAGGAGCAAGGAUUCUCUAUUUAUGUCAACGGUGCUAAUGUAGAGCUUGGCCAAGCUUAUUCCAGGGCAAAAUCACGCAGUUCAUCAAGGCAUGCUAAGACAGCUGGAGGUGAAAUAAUUAUAUUUCACAAGAUAUUAAGGGAUUUAGGAGAAUUAAUGAUUUUGACAUGAUCAGCAGCUAUCAAGUUGAGGCAUAUAUUAAAACCUUUUUCAUUAAGGAGAGUAUUUUUUACUUGUUUACCUUAUGUGCUUAUUCCCCUAAUUAUGCAAUCAUGCACAGUACAGGAUGUGUGAUGCAAUACUGAGGAGUCACCUUGAAAUUACUUUAGUCUGCACUUCUUAGUCCACAUAGCUGAUGUUUUUUGUUUUUAAUUGAUUUCUUACUCAGAUGCUCAUCGCGAAAGGAAAAAAAUCUUACAACAUGAACUGGAAACAUUAGAAAGAGAAGCUGAAGCGAGGUGAUGAAGCUAGGACUUGUUAUAAUAAUUAUAGUUAUACAUCAGUCAUACCUAUGGUACAUAAUUAGCAAUGAGGCUGCAACCUUUAUAGAAGUCAAAAUUAACAUGCACAGUAAUUUUAAAGAAAAAAUCCUUUAUUGAUGUCUAUCUUUAGUUAGCAACUAUACACCCACCUCUACCCUGACCAAACAAUAACCCCACUUGUUAUCAGUUGUUUGUUGUUGGGUUAGGGGAGGGGUAGGGAUGUAGUUGCUCAGAUAUUGACCUUUAUCCAAAAUCCCUUAAAAUGAAAUGGAAUCAUUUUGUUGCAAUUUACCAAAUAUUUUUUGGGACAACAAGAAAUCUGAAUUACAUUUAAAACUAUGUUGUAUAUUUUAUUUAUAUCCAUUCAGUACCCUAAGUUCACAAAAUUUGCAAGAGUAAUUUUACAUAAUUUGGUUCAUACUUCAAUUAUUUGUACAUACUUGGAUAACAUUUCAGUGUGGAAAACAUAACCUUUAUGAAGUUAUUGAACUUUAACAUUUGCUGUCAUCAUAGAAUUAACAGAAAAAUUUACCUCUCUACUUCAGGGAUGUCAGAGUGAAAACAGCUCCUGAUCCCACUCCUAGUACAAGAAAAGGCUGGAAAUAUGUAUGUUAACUGUACACAUCAAUUCUAGAACUAUGGAAUGAUGCACUAGCUUCUUGCCCUUAACCCAUGAACAACUAAGGAUACAAACAAAUGAUGCAUUUUAGUCUGACAUUGUUGGUUACCCUGUGCCAAGAUGGAAAAAGUAUUGGUGUGAGGGAGAUACCUGGCAAUUCAAUUUUACACAUUUGAUCUCCACAGAAACAAUGCAAAGGGCAUUAACUAUCUCACUGCCCUGAGAGAAACCUUUGUACUCGCAGAGACUUGAAAUGUAUCAUUAUGUCUGUCAGUUACAUGAGGGUAGCAAAAGGUUAAUAUGUGAUGUAUGAUCAAGGACAUAAUCAAUACAUGAUGCGUGAAUUUUACAGAAAGGUGAGAUUGAUUCAUGAAUUUAUGAACCAGCAUGAUAUGUGAUUUCCUCUCUAAAAAUAAAUUGUCAGGCUUGCUAGCCUGAUAAUUUUGGGCUCUAACACAGACCUCUAGUUCUGCAUUGCUUACCCUGGUGAAGAAUGACUUGACUACAGAUCUAUCUGACUUAGCAGAUCAGGAUCAUCCCAAAAGCAAUCUGUCUAUAUUUUUAAAUAUCCAUGCUAUUGAUCUCUUAUUAGGAUUCAAUACAAAUAAAAACAGUUGGAGGAAAGAGUGUGAGACUGAGAGCUCCAGGUAUUAUUUGGAUUGAUUUUCAAAUUGUUGUUGCUGAAAUAAUUUUGGGUUUAACAAUUAUAAAAAGUGGUUAUAUGGUUACUAAUAGUUCAAACUGAGAUAAUCUCAAGUUCAAUAGGAGGAAUGAGAUCUAAAACAGAAUGGCUUUGAAUUUUUUUUUCAUUUCAGCUAAAUUCUGAAUCAAUACGUCCACAGUUAGAAACUACUGAAUGGAUAAGUUAAAAUUAGAAGUUCAGUAAAUUUUCAAAAACAACCACAGUAAAAACAUCUACACCUGUAGGCAUAUUUUAUUUUGAUCAUUGUUUGUGUUUUAACUUGAGUCAUAGAAAAAUUUAAGUAGGUUGUGUAGAAAGUUUUACUCAUCCAAUCAGACAAGUGGCUUGGAGCUGAAGUCAUUCAAUCAAGACAAAAACUUUCCUGUACUUGUCACAGAGGAGUGGAAGGGUGACAGUUUUUGACCCUGUUAAUUAAAUAAAUAUUCUCAUUGAUUGAAAGAAACCUCACAAACUUGUUAUGGGUUGAAACCAUCACAGUCACAAAACUUAUCAUUUUUAGGAAGGAUUACUGGUAAAUACAGUGAGGACUUUGAAUCUGUGGCUGUGGAAAGUAGUGACAGUGCUUCUGACCAGGUGAAGAUUUCAGUGCAUACCUGUACAACUGUGCAUAAAUAUCUAACAAAAUGUCCUCUUACAUUUUUUCUCUCUGUUGAUGGCAUAUUUUUUUUUCCAGGUGGCCAAUUUUUUAUGUUUUUAGCUCACCAAGUUAAAUAUCUAGUUACCUUAGAUCCCUGGUUGCAAAGAGGACAAUUACUGAUCUAAAGAUUAAAAGAUCUCUUGGUUUCCAGUGUCAUAAAUAUAAUGAAACAGGGCAUAAUUAGGAAGCUCAUUCUUCAAAAUUGAGUAUGCUUAUUGUUUACUUAAUAGAGUUUUUCACAAUGUUUUAAAAAAUAAUUUGCUAAAAUCUAUGAAGCAUUAAAAAACAAAAAAGUAUUAAGGUUUGUUGUAUUUCCAAACCAUGAUCAGCUUGCUGAAGAAAAAAUAGCACAUUAAUAUUGCCAGACUCAAUUUAAAAUUUUGAACAAGUUUAGUUCUCAGGAAUUUAGCAUCAGAGUUGUUGUCCAUUUACAUAUUUUAUCCAUAUCCAUACAAAUUCACAAAAUCAUUAUUAAUUUCAUGUGCUGUAAUCACUCUAGGAUGUUGCUGAUAAUGACCUAAGUGAUCAAGAUGAGUUAGAGUUUAACAGUGAUGAUGAAGAGGAUGAACUUACUCUCAGUUUCAAUGAUGUUGAGGUAUAUGCAGCACUUCCAUCUAUAAUUAUGUCUAUACCAUUAGGGACAUACUUUGCCUUUUUUAUCAUAAUGCCUUUUAUUCGUUGAAAUUUGUUUAAUUCAUUUGUUAGAUUACAUGUAUCUUGAUAUUUUCCUUGCCUUACUGUAUUACAAUAGACACUUCGUAAGUCUCUAGAAGCUGAUGAAUCCAUAAAGGAAAGUAUUGAAGCAGCCAAAAAGGUACUGACUGCAACUCUUAUUGGCUCUUAAUUUACACAGAGCCACAUAUAGCAAUUUGUUUGCCAUAGAUUUUUGUAUACUCUACUUAUUAGUUUACCAUCUAGAUUUAAAUGUAAAGCAUAAAUGUGUAGUGAUCAAAUACAUAAAAUAUGCUUUACCUUACAAAUCGUUGUAGCCAGGAGGAAAAAAAAGUCAAUUAAUACAUGUAUGCUUUCUGCUCUUCAGAGAAUAGAGGAAGAAACAAAGGAGAAAAAUGCCAACAACAAUACCAUUAUUGAUGAUGAUAAUGAGGAUGAAAUUGAAGAAGAAUUAGAAGGAGCAAAUAGUAGUUUAAAUCUCCAUGACGCAGCCGUGUUAGAAAGACUACCACAAUUGACAAGUACACCAGACAAAAGACAGCAUGAAGUUGAAAGCUCUAUAUACACUAGUAACAGCAUUUCAGAGAGUCUGGGGUUUGGGAAAACCUCAUCAGUUGACACUGACCAUGGAAAAACUAAAUCUGUGAAAAGCAAAGACUUGUCUGUGACUUCUGAUGGCAAUGAGAAAAAAAUUCAUCAAAGAAGCAAAAAGCAUAAAAAUGAAUCAGUGAACCCAGUUGAGGAUCUUGUUGUUCUUAGUUUUUCAUCAUCAACAGGUGAGUUAAUGAGUCAGUGUAGUUCGUGUAUUUGAAUAAACACAAUCGCACACAAAGUAGAAACUAAGGAGAGAAAGGGAUGCAAGGAAGUUUUAUCUGAAGCUCAUUGUCCUUUCUCCUAAACCAAUGUUGGAACAAAUUAUUGCGUAGGCAUAUGCUUAUAGCUUUGUACAAGAAACUGUCAGUAGUACAGCUUCCUAUAAUUAUGUUACCAUAAAUACCACUUUUUACCAUUACAUUUAAACCUUGUUGGUUGUGCAGGGGCUAUUCUUGUUGUUAAUAUUUUAAUGUGAUAAUUCAGUUUGCUGAAUGCCCCCAUUUACACUGAUUUUAGGGAAAAGAAAAGAGAGAAACUUGUCAGCAACAAGGUAGGCAUCAUUUGUCAUCUCUUAAGAUGGGUUAUAAAGUUACUGAUAGUGGUUACUUUUCCUUGAGGAUAAACAUCAUACAUUUAACUAAGUUUAUACAAAGUUAAGGAAUUAUUGUCCUAAAGAAAAGUCUGUUUUGUCAUCUGUCAGAAUGUAUUUGAAAAUCAAUGAACUCUUUCCUGUUUUAAUGAUUGCAAAAGCCAGCCAUGAAUUUGAAAUGGAUUGAAUUGCUAAAAAUUAUUCCCAAUUAUCAUAUAUAACAGAAAUGGAGUGAAGUAGCCUAAAAAUAAAAUUUUCACUUUCACCUACCUGCAUGCAUUGACUAAAUAUUUUGCUUCACCUCCAAACUUGCCUGCCCAUGUAUGAAAAUUGAAUUGUCAGUCAUUUCCAUAUUCUUGCUUCCUUAUGAAAGACGGAAGAAGAAUGCAGAUCCUUAUGACAGCACAGAACACUUUUCAUCCAGAGAUGACAGAUCCUAUACUAAACAACAAAAGAGGUGAAUGCUUUGAUUUUCAAAUCAAAUUGAUUAUAAAUAAGUAAUUAGUGAAAACUAAUUAACACAUAAAAAGUAUUUUUUACUUAUUUUUUUAAGAAAUGAUUCCUAAGAGCGAAAUAUUUUGAUGAAUGAUUUGAUACAGCUAAAUGUAUUUUGGUUAAGGUUGACCUCAAGACCAGGCUUGUGGUAAGCUGCUGCAUUCUAUGCAGACAGGCAUCAUGCAGGUUGACCUUGGAGAUUUCCAGAACAGAUGCUUGUGAUUGUAUAGCUUGGCAGUGCCUGCUUUGCUUUGCUAAUCUUUGUGGAUUAUUUCAUAUCUACAACUGUUCAUCUGUUUCAUAUCUACAACUUUCAUCAGCUGUUGUAUUUGUACCCUACUCCUCCCACCUACAAUGUAGGUUAAUACAGAGGGUCUGUGUAGAAUUCCAGUGAAAUUUCAGUGCAACAGUAAUGGUUGGUUACAUGCCACUUGGUGACCAUCAGAAGGGCUGUCUGAGCUCCAGACCCUACCAUGUUUAAAGGACAUUUGAAACCCAAUAUUGUUUUUUCGAUGAGUGUAAUUCUUGACUGAUGAUACUGCAUUUGAAAAAAAGUGUUUAAGACUGACUGAACACAAUCAGGUGAUGAGGAAAGAUGAUGUCAACAAUCACAUUGCUUAACAUCAUUGAUUUCUAAACCACACUAUUGACUGGGACUCUGUGCAAUGCCUAACCUACAGCACUAACUACUUCAAUGACUGAGUCUGAAAAGCUGGUUUAGUAACUUUCAACAAACUCCCUUCAACAGGUGUGUCAAUCAAGUACUACUGGCACCAUACAAAUGACUUAUACAUGACAUUAACUUUACAAAACAACAAAACAGAACAACCUAACUGUAAUGAUGGAUCCAAACAGUUUAAUCAAAACCAACUUACAGCCAAUAACAUCCAGGAAGAAUUGAUCAACUAUUCACUCGACUCUGAUGAUAACUUCUGUUCAGGUUGUCAAAACAUCAGUCACCAUUAGUCCUUCUCAGGACCACACUCAAUUGCACAAUCAGACUAUGCUAUCAAAAAAAGUUGAUUUGUCCUCUUGAAGUUUAGUAUUUUUGUUAGAUUAAUUCAAAAUUGAUGUUAAUUUGUUAAGUGGCAAAACAUUAUUUGUUGUAUGAAUACAGAAUGAAUUGAUUUAAAAUUUUUUAGAUCAGAAAAACAUGAAUCAGGAAAUCAAGAAGUAACCUUGACAUCAGGUAAAGAACUAAGUUUGUUUUUGAUAAAUCACCUUCUGAUUUCUUGGUGGGACACUGUACUUCUGAGGUACAGAGAACUUGGUGGUGAGCUUUGCCCUGUAGUAGGUUCAAGUAUGAUAAAUGUCCUGCUUACUGCUAGGAUCAGGUCAAAAGCAUCAUGUGUCUAAAGGGUACACUGUAUCUUCAUGUUGGUGACAAAUGUCUAACAGCUCUCUCUAAGAAACAACUGUGCUCAAAAUUCUCCAUCUUUCUUCAUCUGUUUGGUCUAAAAGUAGUUUGAAUUAGCACUUCCAAUAAUUGCAAGGAAAUCAAUAAGCAAGACUGUAUUAUUACAUAGAAUAACAAAUUGGAGAAUAAAAAUCAACUAAGUGCAGUUUUGUUUCUUGUUUUCAUGAAAGCUUCAGAAAAGAAGAGUAGACCUUUGUCUGCAACAAGAAGAAUGGAACCUAAGGAUAAAUUGGAUGACAAUACAGAAGAGAUUUUUAAAGCAAUGGCUGAAGAGAAUCAGACAAUAGGUGAGAGAUUAUGACAUCACAUUGAUUUUUAAUCGCUUUGAAAGUCAGGUAUUAAAAUUGAAAUAUGAACAAAACAUGUGAAAGGCAAGAAAGGGUUACAAAUAGUCCUAAUGGUUCAGCUUAUGAGUACAUGUGAUGGGUCUCACAUGCUAAGUUUUUAUCUGUGAGCCUCGAUCACUUUUUCAAGCUUAGGUUUUAAAAGAAAAUAAGGGGCUUUCACUAUUGAAUGUAUGUUAAGUCUUACAAAUACACUUUAAAAAAGUUGAUUUUUCAAUAACUACAUGCAAAAAACUUUGUCAGUAGUAGUGGAGGGUACAUGUAGGUGCUGAACAGGAAGCAGCAGAGGAGAGCAGGAUUCUCCUCAGAAGAAAGGUGGUGUGGCAACCAAGCCAAAGCCCACCUCUGGGCACCUGUUAGCACAGCACAGACAAACUAGUGUCUUGAUUCAAUACUAACCCAAAAACUUUGGAAGGACUUAUGAGGAGGAGUAGGAGGAGGAGGUGGAGGAAGAGGAGAACAAAGCCAGAAAAUUAGCAAAUAAAAUUGAGGAAAAGCAAUGCCUCUGCAGUUCUCCCAGGGGCCCCUCACAGCCUAUGAGUGAAAUGCUUGCUUUGACGUAGUUAUAACCUUGUCUACAUUACAAUUGGCCUUAUUUAAGUUCAAAAAUCUUGAGAAAAAUUACUCUCUCUCUGACUAAAAUGAUACUCUGGUUAAAAUGUUGUGUCAUAGGGUGGUCAAAUGACUAAUAUAAAUUAUAUUAUAACCCUUUUCUAUCUCAUUUUUUUAGAAUCAAAAGCAUCUGGAUCUCAGACAGCUCCAGUAAGAUCUAAGGUAAGUUCAAAACUUUAAAGCACUUUCAUCAAGGGAAACGGAAACAGCAUUAGCGAGAAUGUUCUUCAAUCAUUGGUAGUGAUAAUUAUUCUUGGCCAUUAAGUACCAUUCUCCUGGUACUUAAACUUAACAUUAGGUGAAACAUUUUAAGCUAGAAUUGAGAUUUUUAUAGUUGGCUUACUCUAGGUAGUCAUUCAGUCUUGAUUUAGGGUGAGAUUUUAUCAUGCCGAUUUUACUUGAGUUUUUAGUACAACUUUUUCCUAGAACGUAUCCAGCUCACCAUUACAUGAGGUUAAAAGGCCAUCAUCAUUGGCUUCCUUUCCUUUGAAAACUGAUGACACCAUAGCUCUUGUCACAGAGAAAGUCAGAAAAAUGGAUGCAAGGUGAAUGGACAAGUUAUAUUUAUUUCCAUUAUUAAUUUGGCCUAUGUGUACAUGGCGAACAAAAGGCCCAUAUUUUCCUAAUUUUACGUCCAAGCCCCUUUGUACAACCACCUUCCUGUUAUGUUAGUUAUUUGACUCUGUGUCUAUGCAGUAAUUAGCAAUGUAUUAAAAGGAUUUAGAUUCAUUGUUAAUAUAACAAUUGUUGUGAGCUUAUUAUUUCAAACAUUGCCACUCUACCUACUACAACAGAGGAAGUUAAACAUGAUAUAGCCAUGUAGACAAACAUUCACCAGAGUGACAAAGAGGUCCUGAUUUUUCACCCAUAGGCAACAGCAAAGUUUGAUAGAGCUUCUGUCCAAACUGGAAUGCAAGGCUCCUUUUAAAGUGUCCAGUCCAUCACCUUCUCCUCGACGUUCCCCAAUGAAAGCUACUGUGCCAUUUACACCUGUGACAAAAUCUUCAUCCAUUGAGAGUCAAUCUAAGGUAAUAAUGUGUAUUCUCUUGUCAUUUUGAUGACACAGUGGUCUAUUGGCUAGAAUGCUACAAUCUGGAUCAAACGGUCUGAGUUCAAGACGUUACCAGGUCACUGUGUUGUGUGGUCUUGGGCAAGAGACUAUACUCUCACAGAGCUUCUUUCACCCAAGGAUAUAGAUAGGCACUAAUGAAAUAUCUGUAAAUAACCCUAUUGUAGAGGUCCAUUCCUCCCAGGAAGAAUAGCUUUUCUUCCAGUGGCUUUAUGCUAUGGAAACUUAGAUAAGCUGUGGCAGGAUAAGCUGUGGCAGGAUAAGCGUUCCACCUCACAGGAUGACAAUGUAUUGAUCCAACACUAUUAUGUUUGACUCUCUAUAGAAUGGUUUUAGCAUGAGGAAACACCUUGAAUUUUCACUGAGUGCUCUUUCAAGAGGUACUAACAGUUUGUAAGGGAAGGAAAUGACGUUCAGUGUUGUUCAAUAGUUGGGUUCUGUUCCUGCAUCUACAAUGUAGUGGCUUGACUCCACUUCGCUUUCUCUUGAACAGCAAACAAUGUAUUUUGUUUUUUCCUCCAGGAUUUCAGUGUAAUGGAUUCACUGGAUGAUGCUGAAAAUAAUAAAGCUGAAAGUGAAGAGGGAACAGAUGUCUAUUUUGAGAUUAUUUCAAACUGGGGGAACUCAAGUUAUGUAGGACUAACAGAGGUUUGUAAUUUUCCUCUCUUGUACUGUUGUAACUAUUUUUGAAACCGACAUCAUAAUCACUAUAAGGAGGUAGUUUAAUUGGACAAGAGAUUGGCUCAAUGUAUCUAACUAACCUGAUGGUUUAUUUUCUCUUCACGUAAAUCCUUUGUUCUUCAGAUUCAGUUCUUUGAUUUAAAGGGGAACACGGUUCCUUAUGAUGAGCACAAUGUGAGUUUAUCGGGCCAUGUUGGAGACAUGGGUGUCCUUGGUAACUUAGCCAAUGGGAAAACAAAGGUAGUUGUGUUUACCUAUCAUUUACCAUAAUUGAUUGUAUUGUAAGCCAAGUUGUUGUGGGUUGCACCUUAAACUGCUUUUGCAAAAUUAAUGUUCCCUUAUAUCUUAUAAACGUGUCUUUUAUCAAUAGCUAAGUACAUGCACAUGCCAAUGGCGAAUGAAUUCUGAAUUUUACUUUUUAUUCUCAGACUACUAAAGGUCGGUAUAUGUGGUCAUGUGGGUUUCAAACUAAACAUCCAGUUGAAUUAGUGUUUCAUCUGCCUAGUGGUGACGCUACCAGCCUUGAAUCUCACGGACUAUCAAAAAUCUCUGUCUGGAAUUAUAACAGAGGUAUCAAGGUUAGUCACUGGGAAGCUCGUUCUGAACAUUCUGUUACAUGUAGUUCUGCACAACAACACAACAUGCACUGUUAUUGUUUCAUCGUAAUUGACUUGUGUACCUACAUGUAUGGAAAAAAUUUGUGAUUUCCCUGGCGUCUAUAGUGACAGAUAAAAAGACAAAAACAGGUGCAAGACAAGAAGUGAUUACGUUAAACACUUUCUCGCGCCUAAGGUUAAGAAAAAGCUAACCAUGUGGGAGGAAAAGCUAACCGUUAACUUAGUUACUUAGAACCCUUUCAACACUGCUGAUGUAGCAGUAAACAGGCCGCUUGUGACAUAUGAACAGCUAUGUGCAGUGGCUCACAAUCGUGGCAAAACGUACGGAGACAAUUUGUUCAAGCAUACGAUAGCUGUCCUCAAAUCUUAUUGCUAGACUGAAGGAGACGCCUUUCUCACCUCUCCCUUGCUAACGUUUUACUGAGUUUAUCACCAAAAUAUGUAUUCAAAGAGAGGAAAGGGGGACAGGAAAUAAAAGGACAAUAUAUGAACCUAGAUUGGAAAAAGUACACUUUGCUUAAUUGUCUCAGACAAAAGUUUUGUCUGAAUGUGGCCCGCUUCUGAGUUCUCUGUAGUUUAGUGGUACAUGUAGAGCACGUAUAAUCCAAAGGUCUGAGGUUCAGUUCCUCGUAACUUUUCCUUAUCUUGGAAAUGAUUGAACCUAUCUCGAAAUCGUAAGAACCUCAAAUGACUUCAAUCCAUGUAUUGGAUUUAUCAUUUGCCACUCCUAUUAUAUUAGUACUGCCCUUUCUUAGAGUUUUUCCUUCUUAAGAGUUUUACGUAUUUAUUAACUUUUUUAAGGAACUAAAUGUCGGAGUUAGAGAUGUGAGAAUUUUCGUCGGAGGGGACCUUGUAUGGGAAGGAGUUAUUGACAAAGUAAGUGAAGUUUUGUCUUACUUUUGAACGUUUUUAGCUAAACGUUAUCUGCUGAGUAUACAUGUACUUGGAUAGCUGAAAAAGAUAGUGUGUGAUUGAACUGAACUUUCUAUUAUUUCAGGGGUGUGGUAAUCAGGUGUUUGAUUACUGCAAAGUUAUUAAUCUCAUCCACACAAACGAACAAUCGGAAGGAAGCAAGGAACAGGCACAGGUGAAUUUAUGAGCAUAGUUAGUUUUAAUUCAAUUGCAAUCUAUUUUGUAGAUCGAAGUGAAGAGACAUGUUGAAACUAUCAUCUUAGACAAAUCUGUGAUCGUAUUUCCUCGAGGUUACAACAUUGUUUCACGCAAACCAUCUGGUUAAGGGUACUUCCCCUUCUGCUUCAAAGCUAGAUUUAUGUAAACAAUUCUGUUUGAGAUUGUUGGUCCAUGACGUACCUCGCUAAAUUUUUGUCUCCGUUUUGAUUUUGUGAGAAAUUUGUUAACACUAUGAUAAAAUUUGCAAAUGUAUUCAGGUUCAAGACGUUUACUUUUGCUUGCAAACAAAGACCAUGAGGGUUAACCUGUUGGGUGCGCUAAAACGAGUGGGCCUUGAUCACUUUUCUAGUUGACUGUUGCUCUUAAAUUUAAUAUACUCUGCUUAUGGCUUAUGUAGGAUCCAGAGCCUAUAAUUCGAAGUGAAACUGUGGUAUUGAGAAGAUCUGUCGAUGGACAGAAAGGGGAGAACGAAGAGAUGAGCGCUGCUGUUGAGUGUGAUAAAAGUUCUGAACAGGAUGUGAGCAGAUGCAAAACGGUGUUGUUAAAAUCGUCAGCUGAGGAAGAUCCAGAAAGAAAAGAGCGUGAUAUUAAGGAUAAUAGUGUCGAGCAAUAUAAAAAUGAAAGGUAAUGCACAUUCACUCUGUCAGUUUCUAUAGUACUCCUUGACAAAUAGAUUCUAUGUUUCCGUGCCUCUGGUAAGAACAAAAGAUUGGCAUACAAGGCGAAGCCAACUUGACGAAUCUAUCAUACUUGUUGUUAUUGCAGACUGAGGUCGUUCAGUUGAGAAAUUAACUAAGCUCUCUAAGGCACGGCAUUCAUGUAAAGCAGCAAUAUAAUGUCAUUUAUAGUGUAAUUAAUAUAAAAUAAUAAAUAAAAUAAGAUUACUUGCUCCAAUGUGCUUUUUCUUUAGACAUGCUAAAGAUGGCAAACAAUCUAAAGAACAUGAAAUGAUACCAAAACCCCCAGAGUCUCCCAGGAUGCACCCAAAAUCCCCAAGACCACAUCGACAGGAAAAGUCAGCAGAAGAAAGUAAGGCAAGCCAACAAAAACAAGGACAAGACAGGUAAGAAGGUUUAGGUUACUAUACUUUGUUGAAGGUUAAGGACCUGCUGCUCUGUUGUUGCAUCUCUCACUGGUGGUCAGUACAAAAUCUACCAGGUUUGCAUUAGCUCUUGUAUUGCCCUGUCCCGAACGAUGCGUUUUUGUUUGAAAAUGCAAACCUAUUGAUGCUUUUGCGCGUGUCAUCCACCGUAAAAUUCACGGAAACGCUAAUGAACAAGACAUUUUUUAAAAUGAUCUGAAAAAUAGGGCCUUCGGAAACACGUCAUUUUUCAAAAUAUUCCGUUUCUAGUAUUUCUCGUAGUGAUAUGAUGAAAAAAGGGCCACCUAAUUGUCGUUUCUAUCGGCAUUAUGUGGCGUGCUUUUAUAGACCGUAGGGGAAACGCGUUUAAACGAUGCGUUGCAAAUGGACACAGCGCAUUGGCGUGGACAUAUGAAAACAAAACGAAGACGUCGGUGUGGGAAAAACGGAUACGUUGAAACGCAUAAACACUUUACAACUGACUUGUAUGGACCAAAGGACCAAAAUUCCUCUGAUGUAAAUAUCUCCAAGGGUAUUGCUGCAGACCUCGUUAUUUUGACUGAAUAUGCGCUGUAAUAGCAUGCAAUUAAAAAUGUCCGUAUUGAUAACAUAACAACCAAACGACCGCCAUUACAUAGAAUCGUGUGGUCAAGUUUUAUUUUAUUUGUGUUUUAUUUCCCUGUGUCAUUAUAACACUUCAAAGACAGCCAAAGACAAUGGAAAAUAAAAGAAGUACUAGGGAUAAAAUUGAACCAAUAGCAUGUGCAUUUUGUGUUCAAGUCAAUUAUACAAGGAUCAAUUCUCUGUGCCGGCAUAUCGUCCAUGUGAGAUCACAAUGAGAUAUGGAGAACAAAUAAUUUAGUUAGGAAGUGAGUAUUAAAACAAUCAUUGUUUCGGCAUCUAGAACUAAGGAGAAAGCCCUGAGGUCUCUGUUAGCUGCCGACUUGACAUCAAGCAAUGAAAAACAUGAGGAGCAAUCUCUGGUUACUAGGUAAAUAGUAGUGUUUUCUUUAUUAUGAUGCAAUUGAUAUUCAUAAAAAGGUCUUCCCUCAUAAGGAGAAAACAUUCCUCUUAAGGGAGGGGUGACUCACCAAAGAGAUGAUAAAGACAGGGAUUGGGUUGUGUGCGUAAGGGCGUUCCACAAGAGUAAACCUGCGCUGCUAUUUUUACCAAAGUUUGCGUAGUGUGUAUGCGUAUAUAUAUAUAUGUAUAUAUGUGUGUGUUUUUGUUUUUACCAUAUGGAAACGGGAUAUCCCCUUACUCGUGUAGGAGCAAGAGGCAAGAGCAGCUUAUAUUGCUGCAACUUUGAUUUUCGAUCUUAGAUUUUCUUCUGCCGUUAGGUCAAGUUCCACUCCAAAUCUUUCAUCCUCAGAAGCUCUUGGGAGCUCGGAUGUGAACAGUGAUUCUCUAAGGUAAGUUGAAAGACCCACUUAAAGUAUUUGAUACACACUCUUUUAACCUUUUAAUCCCUUGGAGUGACUAUUAUCUAAGUUCUCCUUACCAUAUCACCCCUGGAUCAAACAUGAAGAUCACGAGAAUAAGGGAAAUGAUCACCGACUAAAGAAGCUCUUUAUUGUUAAAUGAAUUUCCUUGUAAGUGACUUUCUUUUUUCCUUUCUUUUUUUUGGAAGAGGAAAUUCUGUGGCUGGCUCUGUGUUACCAAACAAGCCACCAUGGUUAGAAUCAAGCAAGAAGAAAGACAAAUCUGGGUAAGACCAAAAUACAAGUAAUUUUUUGUAACUAGCUUGCUACUAGAGGUUACUCUCUAGUUUCGACUGUAACCUGUGGGUACGUCCAUCUCUAUAGCACCGUAUACGCCUAAUUUGUUUCCUAUCACCCACAGUUCUUCCUCCCGUUCAUCCUCAAGAUCGAAAUCCAGACCCAUAUGGCUUGAGAAUGAACCAGGUUAGUGAAUGAUUGAUAAUUUCAGCCAGAUUUUGGUGUGGGUAAUAACAUAAUUUCUCGCGUAAUUUGGUGCAAAUAAGCACAAGGUCGUAGGGCGAGUGCAUUUUGUGGUUUUGAAAAAUUUUGAGGUGCUUAUUUGCACCAAAUUGCACGAGAAAUCAUGUUGUUACUUUUAAAUAAUUUACAUGCAAAAAUCAUCACAAAAAGACAAGACAGGCGAAGUUUUGACAGCGCGAUGGUGCUAUUUGUAAUUUGUAAUUUGCACUAGUGUGGCAACUUUGCACUCGUUACAUGAAAAAUCGUUUCAGCCAAUCAGAAGCGCGUAAUUUUUUUUAUGUGUUAUUACACAAGAUAUUCAGCUGUAUGAAAUUAUUAUUUUAGCCCGUGUCAGAAAAUUUUAGUUACUUAAUUAAUACCAUCAGGUCUCGGCUUUCUCCCAGAACCUCCGUGACCAUUGUCCUGCGGAUUGGGGUGGAGGGUUUAAGAGUAAUGCAAACCGGAACCCGAGUUUCCUAUCUGGUUUGAUAACAGCACAUGUUUUUACAAAAAUCGUUUUUUUUGGACGUUUUUACAUUUCUUUCUACCGAUUCAGCAGCGGAAAAAAGCACCGAUGAUUUUUACCAAAAAAAAAAAUCGUUUUUCAAAGACGUCGAAACAACGUUUCGCCAUACAUUUCUUUCUACCGAAUUGCAAUGUUUGCCCUGUGGCGAUCCCGGAAAUCGUGGCGCAAACAAAAGGAUCCGAUUACUGGCAACUCGUUCAUUCAGGUUUUUCCUGUACUGUGGAACAAUAGAAUUACUUUGUGGAUCGAUGAAUGAUAGGAGUAGCCUUAAGAAUUGGCGAAAAAGUAGAUGUAAAAAUUUUCACAGGUGUUGAUCCAGGAAGAAGUAACAGUUUGACAGAUGUCCGACAAGCAUCAGAUGAUCUUUUCAAGAGUGAGAAGCCUCAUUCCAGACCAUCAAGUGGACGUAGAUCCAGCACUCCUGGAGCCAGUGUUAAGUCGGAGUCAUGGCCCAGUGAAUUUCUUGACAAGUAAGUAUGCAACCACAACAUCAUCAGUGUAAUUUUCACGGCCAGUUUCUAGCGUUUCUGUAGUAAUAAAGCGCUCUCGUAGCCCUGCGUUUACACUUAGAUCGGUAAAAGGACCAUAUUCACCGUCCUUUUGUGAAUACUUAACCAAUAAGAGAAAUUUCCUAAUGAGUGACGUCAGCUGUACAGAGACACAUCGGAUUUACUUUUCUUUACUCAAAGAGUGGUUCGGGAAAGUCACACGGUGCUCUUAAGUAAUCAGAUGCAAAAUCCUUACAUAUGCUGGUAAACUUUUAAAAAGUUACACAUAACCAUGUUUCUUCACAGGGAUGAAUGUCUUCCGACUUGUUUGGAUGGAAAGGCUGGUCAACUGGUAAGUAUGACUAUUAUGAGUGCUAUCUACAAUGUAAUCUAUCUUGUAGUAAACCGACCAAACUGUGCUACGUCAACAUUUAAUAUGCGUCGAUUGUAGAGUACUGUGCACAACAAGAGUCUUCGACAUACAUACAUACAUACAUACAUGUAUAAGCUUUAUUUAUCCUCGGAUUUCAGUGUAGCUUACAAGCUAGUAUCUCCGAUCCUAAUUACUAAUUUUAAAAGUUACAGCAAGAACAAGGCUAAAAAGAGAAAAAAUAAUUAAUAAUAUAAUAAUAUAAUAAUAUAAUAACAUAAUAAUCAUUAAUAUAAUAAUAUAAUGUAAUAUUAAUGUAAUAUUAACAGAAACCGUGCACUAAUAGUUUGCGCUUAAAUUCACUAUAAUCUACAGUCUUUCUAAAGUGGCCAGCGAGGGAGUUCCAGUACUCAACAGAUGAAUAGCUAAAAGAAUUUAGACCAUAUGUGGUUGUAAACGGCUUAGGAAGUGAUAAAAUAUUGGUGCCCCUUAAGGAGUAAGCAGUAGAUCUUAGCUUGAUCAGUUGUUUCAAAUAGCACGGAUAUUUACCAAGAUGGAGACAGUUGAAUAUACAAAUCAUCAUAUAUUGUAUCCUCCUGUUGGCUAAACCACACACACCUGCCUUGUCUAAAAGAUCAUCAUAGUUCGAGUCCCAGUCCUUUAAAACAAAUCUUAAAAUACGUCUAUUUAAGGUGUCCAGUUUAACAGAGUCCUCUGAAUUACAAAAGUGCCAUAUCAUUGAACAAUAGUGAAAAUGGGAUAACAUAAACGUUUUAUAAAGGCGAAACAUAAUUUCGGUAGAAAUAAGUUUGCCAAAUCUUUUGAAGACACUGAACUGAUUAUUUAUUUUUUUACAUACAGAGGAUAUGUGAUUCUUGAAAUUAAGUUCAUUAUCAAGAAUUAUUCCAAAAAGUUCCAGGCAUCUUGUGGUUGAGAAGGAGAAAGGGUAAUCGGUUUUGCCAAGAACCAUCCCUUGGUGUUUAGCGGGGUUGGCUUUCAUCCCAUUGUCUUCGAACCAUUUGUUUGCUAUUUGUACAUCAUGAUUGAUCCGCUGUUCCAAGGCUACUGGGUCUACGUCAGAUGUGUGCAGUUGGCAGUCAUCAGCAUAAGUGUUUAGUUUUACAGACUUAAUGUGAAAGAUGAGGUCAUUGAGGAACAUGUUGAAAAACUAAGGGAUGAUUCAUGGACGGCACAUGUUUUUAUAUGCAAGUCGUUUGCUCAACAAUAUUGCGGCUUUAUUUGUAUAGGAAGGAAAAGGUCGCACUGGCUCGGGAAGAAGAAAAGAUGAGGAUAAAGUGUGUAGUGAUGUCGGAACAGAAGAGACGGGUGCACAACAUGAUGCAAAGCAAGCACGAGCCACGUGGAGAAGGUAAUUUUGAAAAUAGUAAUCAAACCUUUUCCAUGUGAUGUUUUGAAGUGAUAUACUCCGGGAAAAGAGGUCCGAAGUCGACGAUAGUGUUAUUUUAUCGAGCAAGUUAAGUCACUCUUACAUUUCCUCCCUCCACCUGAAGCAUAAAAGUGGUUGGGCAAACCGAAGGGAUACAGGAAGAAAAGCUGAGGGGUAACCUGCGUGGGACUAGCAUCUUAUCUAGGAGGAGCUACAAUUUUCUUAGUAGCGUCAUGCUUCGGAGACCGGGCUAAGCUCUCGUGUAAAGGACCACUCGACUCAAAAGCAUCUUGCGAGUUAUCGAGUGCAAUUUCUGAUUUAGUCACCCAGAUCACAUGCUUGUGUUAUGACGCCUUAGAACAUAAUUCUCUUGGCACUUACCUUUAAUCAAUUUUAACUUGUUUUUCUUUACCUUUUAUCACAGAGAGCAGAAUUUGAGUUUAGAGGAAUCGUGGAGUUUAUUGUCUUUGUUUGAGAAAUCACACAGAGGGCGGAUAACAAAGGAUCUUGAUCUGGAAAAUCAUGGUAAGUUGUUUCGUGUGCGCAGUCAGUCCAGAAGCUAAAUAACGAGUUUACUUACCUCGACUAUUUUGUAUAGACAAUAGCGGCUUUCGCUGAGUUAAUAGGGGAGGUGUCGGGGAUGGAAAUGUACCGUUCCUGUGUUGGGUGAUGUGGGAUUUUUUAAAUAUCUUUCGUCAUUGUUUUUUUUUUUCAGGUGAUGCUCUAGAUGAGAUGUUAUCAAAAAGAGAAGAACACAUUCAGCCAAUAACAGAACAGUCUAAGGAGAUCGAUGAGAGGUACUUCAGUAUAAUGUAAAGAUUGAAUUCCCAAUCUCUAAUAGGAUGGGAAGUUUGGUCUAAGUUGUGUGUUGUUGGAGAAGACUAACUUUUUAAUGCGGACUUAAUGUCAGCUAAAAGUUAGUUGUGCGGAUGAAGUAAAUUUUGAAGAACGUUCGUUUCGAGCCCUUGGCUGGCGUUGGUGCAAAUCUGCGAAGAGUUUUCCUUAAUCGCUGACACAGGCGACAUUAUCUCUGGCAAUUAAUAACUGCUUACAUCGGGUGUGAAGCUGAGGAUCGUUUACAGUUGUAAAAAUAACUUGGACGCGUUAGAACUCUAAGUUCGUGAGCGUGUCUUAGCUAGGUUAUGGCAGGUUUGAAUCUGUUUGUUUCGGCACCGUUUAUUUGGACGAUUAAAUGCACUAAUGGGUGUAAGAACUUAACAUGUUUUCGUUUUGAGCAAAAAUAAAACAAUACGUAGUGUUCAAAGUGUUCGUAGUCAAUUCAUGCAGUUUUCCUUAAUUUUGGAAUUUGAGUUGAUUUUUCUUUAUAUAUUGAUCAUAAUUACUCUAAUGGUUAUUUCCUCAGUGGUUUGACCGAUUUAGAGAUUCCAACACUUCCCAGAGGAAAGCAGUUAGUGAUCUACAUCAAGAACACCUGGGGAGACAGAAACUACGUAGGACUCAAUGGAAUUGAGGUGUUCACAGAUUGUGGUAAACCUGCAGAGAUUAUAGAGGUUAGUGAUUGUGAGACUGGCAAACUAAGUAUUUGUUCCCUCUGUGAGUAAUGGUACUAGGUUUUAGUGACAGGCGAUUCAGGAAACAAUGUUUUCUUUUAAAAGCAUGACUUGUUGAAUUACAAACAUCAGCUACUGUAUUGAGCUUUCUAAAUCAAUGGUUUGAAAGCUGUUUUUAGAUAUCCAAGGAAACCGUAGUAUUCUGACUACUUAUUUUCAUUCAGUUUUGUUCCCAAGCUAAAGUCGAAAAGUUUUAUUAUUCGCAGUAUUUUCUUGAAAUUGAUUGAUUAGCUUUGAUAAGUUAGCUGAAUCUCAUUGGCUAAAUACAUAUUCCACUUGAAUUUCCCUGGUUGUUCAAUAAUCCGAUGUAAACUGCUUGAUUAAAAGCCGCUUGCAAUCGGUCAGACUGAAGCGGUUUGUUGGUCCUGUAGUAGACAAUAAAGCCAUGAAAAUGUGGAUUAGGAGCCAGCCAGAUUCGAAGUGUUUGUUAUCAUUACAAUUAAAGAUUUUGACGCGGUAGAGGUACAACUAUACAUGUUUACUUUGCAAGAUAUGCAAAAUUAUGAUCGAUUUUUCAGGUCUCGGCGGAUCCUCCAGAUAUUAACAUCCUUCCUGAGUAUGGUAAUGAUCCAAGAAUAGUGACCAAUCUCAUUGAUGGGGUUUUUCGCACCAGGUAAAAUGUUACUCUUCUCAACAACUUACGCAAUUGUGUGUUUGUACCUGCUAACAGGAGAUGUGAUGGAUGACUUAUCGCAUUAUUACAUUUUAUUGAAAGGGAUGAUAUGCAUCUUUGGCUGGCUCCGUUCACACCUGGAGGAAAACAUAGUAUCAGUAUUACGUUUGCUGAAAGCACAAGGAUCGCCAUGAUAAGAAUAUGGGUAAGCUCUUCAUACGUUACAGGGUUUCGUCAUAAAAAUCUGUUGCUCAGUUUCACUGGCAGUAUUUUCAUAGCCUACGAGCAGCCCUCAUUAAUAGCGCUGCAGGACGCGCGUUUCUCCACCGAGGGAAGAAUUGAAACGAAUCGGGGAGAGGUUUACCGGGGGUUUGGCCUCAUUAAUAGAAGACUUAAGCAGAGACGUUUUUGUGAAGCGGACGGCAACCGGAAGGAGAAUAAAACUAACUCUGACGCGCUUUAACGUUAAUACAUCGACUGUAAGUUCUGCGUUUUUGCAUUUUGAACUAAACUGUACUGACCAAAAAGGUGUAUUUAACAGCUGGAAUAAGAGCUCUUAACUUGCGGCUGUCGUCACCAAAAAGGUGUACUGAACAGCAGGAAUAAGAACUGUUAACUUCCGGCUGCCGUUUGCUCAUCAAAAAACGCUGGUGCUUAAGCUCCUUGUUAUCAGUCCCAGACCCAUUGCAGACCUCUCCCCGGCUUGCGUUGCUGCAGGCCCCAUACGUUCCCUCGGGCAAAAGGAAAGUGCAUACUGAUUGGCUAACAAUGAACGCCUGUUCGUAGGCAAGAAUAUUUUUGAUCCCGGAUAUUUCUGUCUACAUAGAAAGGUUUAGAUGUCCAGGGCAUAGACGAAAGUUUUCUCUAGUGGAUAGUAUUCCUUCUACUUGUGCAUUGUAAUCUGGCUAGAACAUGAAAUGAAUUUUCAAUUUUUUUCCUUCCAGAAUUACAACAAAUCAAGAAUUCACUCCUUCAGAGGAGUACGAUGUAUUGAUAUGACCCUGGAUGGGAGCCUGAUAUUUCAGGGAGAAAUCGCACGGUAUUGUGUGCUCUUCGUUUGUGUAUAACUAUUUGUGUGUUAACAGUUGAGACUUGUCUAGGUUUGUCUAUUUCGUGUGACAAGAGGCAGAAACAAAACAUAAACACAGAUCUGUUGAUGAUUACGCUGUCUGUGACUGAGUUACAACGACCCCGAUUUGUUCUUUGUAGUUUGUUGCAUCCUUCUAUCCCUUCUUUCAGGGCAAUUUUUUGCUGUGUGUCGAACGUUCCUCGAUUAUUUUGGAUUUGUUUUAAGACACCUACCCGCUCAGUAAUUCAGAAGCACAGGUUAACCUAUCGCGAUUUGGUCACUGACAAACUUCCCUGCUUUACACAGUCCGUUUUUGUGAGCUCCCUUUAAUAGUUACCUUUUUCCGGAUUGGCCGUUGAGGUGACUUUGAUCUCGAUUUUACGACCAUUGGAAAAAAGUUGUCUUUUUGGUAACCUUGAGUGCGCUCUUUUUAAACUGCAGAGCCAGUGGUGUCCUUGAGCUAAUUAUGCCUUUGGCGACGUAAGUAACCAAUUAGCUGGUAUAAAAACAACUGUUUCAAAAGGCUUUUAGUCUUUAGUUUUCUUGUAUUGGUUCUAUUUCGACGGGUCUAUUUUGAUAUUGGAAAAUACAAAAAGCCGUAUUACUUACAUUGUUGGGAUAGUUAAUCAUUUGUAAAGGCAUACUUUUCAGUUGCUUUGAGUUGCUCGAGUAAAGUAACUCUUCAAGCAGUUUCUCGAGUUGUCGAUGAUUCAAGUUUAUGACGUUGUCACCUCUGAGCGAGUUACCUGCCUGACAAUAGUAGCUUUUCAUCACAGUCAAAAUUCUCUUAAUGGGUUGCUGUUAUUCCUUACAUACAGGGUGUUACGGAACCCAUCAAGAGCAUUUGAAUAGCCACAACGUUAAAGUUGCUCAAAAACCUUUUCAGACCUUGAGGCAUAUUUUCGCCAAACUUAAGGAUCCUGUCACGAAAGAACAACGAACCGACGCUAUUUAUUCUAUUCCUUACAAUGACUGUGACAACGAAUACAUCGGACAGACCAAAUGUCAGUUUGGUUAAAAGAGCACCAAAAAGCGGUUUUUCUUUGCAAAAAGGAAAAUUCAGCUUUAUCGGAGCAUACAUGCCUAACCAACCAUACAAUUGGGUGGGAUAAUUUUAAAAUUGUCACCACUAAUCGGCGUUACCACCAGCGCCUUUGUUUGGAGGCUUGGCAUAUUAACUCCGCCCACGCUCCUUUAAAUCGUGACGAUGGCGGUUUGCUUCCUGACGCCUAUUUACACCUCGUCAGAAAGAAGGCCGCCAAUUAGUGAUCAUCUAAAAGGACCUCUUGUUGCAGCGUUCAGAUCACCCCUGAUGAAGGCACUAGACAGGAGUGUCGAAACGUUGGGUCUAUGAAUUGUAACUUCUUCAGUUACAUUCAUUUGAUCUGCAAACAAGAGUAGCAUCAAACUACGUCUGAGAAUCCUAAGUACUACUUCUCAGUAGAUGUACUACCCUCCUCCUAAACUUCAGGUAGUUGUGUUCUGUAAUCACUCUCUGUGCCAUUUCACAGACAAUUAUGUUCACUAUGGAUGAAGACAUACUAGAAGCCAUGGCUCAGUAUGACCAGACGUAUGAAGGAGACGAGGAAGACGAAGACGAAUUACUAAGGAGCUGUUACUUUGAACGGCCGUCCACUGCUGAUCAGGCAGAG